GCUUCAAAACGACACCGUUCAGGCAGCCUUCUUCACCACCUCCAAGUUCUCGAAACGGCGGAACUCAUCGAAGUCUGCAGUCAGUCCUAUACAAUGCGAGCUCUGCUCUGCCGGCGACUCUCUCGAUCUCUCUACGAAACCGCGGCUUCAUCAUCAUCAUUUUCUUCUUCUUUUACUUCUUCUUCAUCAUCAUGUUUUCGUCGGCUCGGAUUCAGAACUCUAAGCUCACUCACAUCGUCGUCAAACCACACGCCUCUCUCUCGAACCCUACUCGCAUCAUCCCCGUGGUCCGCCACUCAACUGCGCGGCGCCAAGUUUCUCGGCUCCGAUGUCAGACCUGGAAAUUGCAUCAGAAGAAAAGGACGCAUAUACCAGGUUUUAAAAGCACAACACACACAGCAUGGAAGAGGAGGAGCAACAAUACAGGUGGAGCUCCGUGAUAUUGAUAGUGGAAGCAAAGUAAAUGAAAAGUUUCGUACUGAUGAGACUAUUGAAAGUGUAUUUGUUGAGGAAAAAUCUUUCUUAUAUUUGUAUACUGAUGACGACAGCAUAGUGCUGAUGGAGCCUGGCACAUUUUCACAAAUGGAAGUCUCAAAGGACUUGUUUGGCAAAGCUGCUGCAUAUCUAAAAGAUGACAUGAAAGUUACACUGCAUUUAUGUGAUGGAAAGCCAACAUCUGCAUCAGUUCCAAAACGCGUGACAUGCACUGUUGUGGAAGCACAAGUGCCUGUGAAAGGGAGUACAGCCACACCUCAGUAUAAAAGGGUUUCGCUGGACAAUGGCCUUACAGUGUUGGCACCACCUUUUGUCCUUGCUGGUGACUCAAUAGUAAUUGAUACAACUGAUGACUCUUAUAUCACCAGGGCAUAGGAUGAAUAUUUGCGUCCUGCUUCGUGUUGAGCAUCCUUGCCAGUAUCUUUGGAUGGACAGGCCAUUUGAAUCCUGGUAUGGACAAAAGCUCAAAUGAAGAUCUAUUGAAGUAUGAGAAGUUUUAAUCAUUAUGGUUUAUAAACACAUUAUUUCCAUAAUCAUGGAGUUAGAUAAUCAACAACACAGUUUUUUAGAGCAGAAUAAAAUGUUAUACAUUGUUAUAUUGUCGACAAAUCCUCUGCUUACAUUCACAAGUUGAUGAGAAGAAUGAAUGUGAGCGUACUGUUCAUUUAUCAAGUUAUUUAGUUGAUUGAUUGUGUCCA